AGACGCGGAAAAGCCUCACCGGCUAGCCUUGUAACCGGCUAGCGUUUUACAGGAAAGUCAUGCGCAUUCCCAACAGAUACGACCCUCCCACCUUCACACAUACACCCCAACAGAAACCAGAACGGGUGCCAGCUCUCGACAUAGCCAUUCACACGUGAAAAAGGAGGAAAGUAAGAGCGGGUCUUCGUCCCUUACGCCAACCUCCCUUCCUCGACCCCUGUCAUCUCUCAGCCAAUGAAUACUCAGAAUUUCGGUUCCCUCCGUUGCUAUUAGUCACCGAGGGCAAAGAAGAGAAGAACGAAUCCUCCAAUAGCUUUCCGAGUUUGGCGUGGCGCGCGCGCUCCGAGGGCCGAGUUGCGGAACGGAGCUGGGGACGCUGGGAAGAUGGCGGCGGGAGCGGCGGUUUCGGUGCCGAUAGCCGACUUUGCUUGUGCGGAUUUCUCCGACUUGCGGGAGAUCAAGAAACAGCUGCUGGAUGUGGCGGAACGGAGCCGGGAACGCGGCCUUCAGCAUAGUGGGAAAUGGGCCUCAGAACUGGCCUUGGCUUUGGACCCUCUACCCUUGAAUGAACUGCCUCCUGUUCCCGAACUUACAGAGGAAGAUGCUUGCGAUUUGGAUGCUUACACUCUUGCCAAAUCUUAUUUUGAUCUAAAAGAAUAUGACAGAGCAGCCUAUUUUCUAAGGAAUUGCAAGAGCCCAAAAGCCUAUUUUUUGUAUAUGUACUCCAGAUACCUGUCUGGUGAGAAAAAGAAAGAUGAUGAGACAGUGGAUAGUCUAGGUCCCUUAGAGAAGGGACAGGUGAAGAAUGAAGUUCUGAGAGAAUUAAGAGUUGAACUUAGCAAGAAGCAUAAAGCCCGAGAAUUGGAUGGAUUUGGACUUUAUCUGUAUGGAGUUGUAUUGCGAAAACUGGAUCUAGUGAAAGAGGCUAUUGACGUCUUUGUGGAAGCAACCCAUAUCCUGCCAUUGCAUUGGGGAGCCUGGCUGGAGCUUUGCAACUUGAUCACAGACAAAGAGACGCUGAAGUUCCUGUCCUUGCCAGAUACCUGGAUGAAGGAGUUCUUCCUGGCACACAUAUACACAGAGCUGCAACUGAUAGAGGAGGCCUUGCAGAAGUACCAGAGUCUCAUAGACGUUGGGUUUUCCAAGAGCACCUACAUAAUCUCCCAGAUUGCAGUGGCCUAUCAUAACAUUCGAGAUAUCGACAAAGCAUUAUCCAUCUUUAAUGAAUUAAGAAAACAAGACCCUUUCAGGAUAGAAAAUAUGGAUACCUUCUCUAACUUGCUUUAUGUCAGAGGUAUGAAGCCCGAAUUGAGCUAUUUGGCCCAUAACCUUUGUGAGAUUGACAAGUAUCGUGUAGAAACUUGCUGUGUAAUUGGGAACUAUUACAGUUUGCGUUCCCAGCAUGAGAAAGCAGCCCUCUAUUUCCAGCGAGCACUGAAGCUGAAUCCUCGAUAUCUUGGAGCAUGGACCCUUAUGGGGCAUGAAUACAUGGAGAUGAAAAAUACAUCAGCAGCUAUUCAAGCAUACAGACAUGCCAUUGAAGUGAAUAAAAGAGACUACAGAGCAUGGUAUGGACUGGGGCAAACAUAUGAGAUUCUCAAGAUGCCAUUUUACUGCCUUUAUUAUUACCGGCGAGCCCAUCAACUCAGACCCAAUGAUUCCCGUAUGCUUGUUGCUCUCGGAGAAUGUUAUGAAAAAUUAAAUCAGCUAGUAGAAGCCAAAAAGUGUUACUGGAGAGCCUAUGCUGUAGGGGAUGUGGAAAAAAUGGCACUGGUGAAGCUAGCAAAGCUUCAUGAGCAGUUGAAUGAAUCAGAACAGGCUGCUCAGUGCUAUAUCAAAUACAUCCAAGAUAUCUAUUCUUGUGGGGAAAUAGGAGAGAACUUGGAAGUAAGCACCGCCUUCCGCUACUUGGCUCAGUAUUACUUCAAGUGUAAGCUCUGGGAUGAAGCCUCAGCCUGUGCUCAGAAAUGCUGUGCCUUCAAUGAUACAAGAGAAGAAGGGAAGGCUCUUUUGCGACAAAUCUUACAGUUACGAAAUCAAGGGGAGACAUCAACUACAGAGACAGCCACACCUUUCCUACUUCCUUCUUCCCUCUCUGCCAACAACACUCCAACCCGUCGAGUAUCCCCACUGAAUUUGUCCAAUAUUACACCUUGAACUGAACUACCUUUCUGUGCUGGCUCAGUUGAGAAGACGUUCCUGUUGUAAACUGGGUCUUCCUCUUGAGGAAGGCUGUUGUAUUCAGUUCGGAUGGCUGACAUCACGUUGCUCAGGAUGACUGUCUGUUGUAUUGUAGCCAUGAAAUGGUAAUAGCUCAGACUGUGUAGCGAGCUGAAUUCACGUACAUCUCAGUCUUCUUACAAGUCUGGCACCUGAGUGUGAGAGAGAAAACCUCUUUACACUGGCUGUGGGGUUGUUUUCUGUCCCUUUCUUCAUCACAUUCCUUUCUGAGGAUGUAGUAAGAUGCAAGUUUAUCAGAUUUGCAUCAUAUUUGUAACAGUAUCACAUUUAUUUGAAAUUGAAAAGGAGUGUCUGUGAGCAGGUGACUUUGUCUUUUUAUUAUGUGACUAAUAAAAGUUUACCUUAUAGGAGCAACAAGGCAGAGAACGUGGAUGGAGAAGGGAAUAGGUCACAUCUAAUUCAAUGUAAUAAUGUCAGGCUGAAACUGGUAACAUGAAGUGAUGGGUAUAUUUUAUGCCAGCAGGUGCAGUGUUACUACUUUCCCAAAUGGGCUCUAGAAGUUGUAGACUAGAUUAGUUAAUCUUUUGUUGAUCAAGAACCAGAGGAGAUUACUUGAGAGCAAAUCUAUUCAUUUCUUUGACUUAGCAACUUGUAAAUGUUCAGUUUAAACAUUGACUAUGUUAUUGUAACCUAAUGAUUGCGACCAGUCUUUAAAUGCCAAGACUGUUAGAAUUCAGGAAGCAUAAAACAAUUUUUGUGUGGUUAAGAAUCAUGUUAUCUGCUAUUACCAUGUUUUUAUCAAUAUAUUUUCAAGAAAUCAGAUUUAUGAUUUCUGACCUGUUUCAGAGAUGUUGAGGCUUCAGUAUUCAUAUUUAGAACUUCCUCCUCAAGGAAACUCAAUGUGGUAAACUGCCUUCCAAAUUUAUGAUAGCAAAUAAGCUUUAUAGUCAGUUCAGCCACCGUUCAUAAUUGCUUGGAUCAUCUAAUCAUAAAAUAAUUCUUAUAAAUAAAGUAGAAGUAAUCUAAAGCUAUCCCAUACUUCUAUAAUUGUAAAAUAAUCCAACCCACUCUUGUACUGUACGGCAGUCAUUAAAUUUGGUGCCUUGUUAUACUACUGGAAACUGAAGCAAGGCUGCCUCCCUUUGAAUAGCAGAUCUUGUCAACAUCCAGUUCAAGAAUCCGAAUAAAACUCCAGGUUCAUUUCGUUUCUGAAAAGCUUACUGUUUAUUGAAUACACAGCUUGGUUAUGUCGAAGAAAAACUAGCUCUGAAGUUCCCAGGCACCAAUUCAUUGACUUAAACAAUAAUUCUCCUAGCCAAACCCCCAACAUCUUAUGUAAUACAUAUCAACAAGUUCAGUUUGUUAUGGAAACCGUCUGUUUCAAAUCCACACCUGUUAUGGUGUCCUUGACAAGGCUUCAGCCUCUCAGUCUCCAAAUGAACUGAAGAGGUUUCGUUUCUCCAUUUAAACCACUUGAAAGUAACAUACUCUCCCCCCCCUCCUUAAUCUGAAGGCAAGAUGAAACGCAGAGGCACCUUGCUGCCAAAGUUUCAUUCUUGACAGAUCUAUUUUUCCCAGAUCAGAAUCAAUAAGUUUGUGCACAAGGAACUUCCUGCGAAAUAAUCAGAAUUGUGUUUGGGUUGGUUGGUGUUCUAGAUGUAUCCCUCCUUUAGCCUUGGAUUGCUGCAAAUUGUUUCAUGAACUAAUGCCUCACAUGAUUAUCAAAAUCUAAAUACUGGAAUCUUUUACUAUUAAAAUUAGGCCUUUAUCAAAGUUGGUGCAUACCCAUAAUUUUAACAAACUAAUGCCAGUUGCUCAGGUUUUUGAAGGCACAAAAAUAUCCCAUAUCUGCCAUUGCCAGGAAAUUGUCAUAUGCUUGCAACUACACCAUUCAAUCAGGAUUUUGCACAUUCUUUGUAUUGAGUAUAUAGUAGUUGAUGAUUUAGGCACCGAAGAGGAAUAUUAGAGCCAAUCCGAUUUCAUGGCUCAGGAUUUUUCUGAAAAACAGUACAUUUGUGCAGUUAAUGUUCUGAAAGAUAUGUUUCUUGAAAUAGCCCUGUAUGUAUUAUGCUCUUAACAGAACAUUUUGCUAUAUGAAAAGCCAGAAAAGAAAAAAAUAAAAUGGAGGCGAACUUGUUUUCUGCUUUUGAA